AGUCCUACCCGCCUGCUCUCUCGCUUCUCGGUUGUUCUCUAAACCCCACCGAAACCCUAACCUAAUCUACUCCUUCUGCUCCGCCGCCAUGUCUUCGACGGUGGCUGAGAUCCCCUCGCCAUCGGCGGUCGAUACUGAGAAGAAGAAGAAGAAAAAGAAGAGCAAGGACGACAAGAAAACCGCCGCCGAUGAUGACGUCCUUCCUCACCUCCCUUCCGCCGCCGAAGGCGUUGAUGACAAGGACUUUUUCAUCAAGCCCCAAUCUUUCACCCCUUCCGUCGACACUUCCUCAUGGCCGAUCCUCCUUAAGAAUUACGACCGACUCAACGUCCGCACCGGCCACUACACGCCGCUCCCAGCUGGGCAUUCCCCCCUCAAGAGGCCCCUUGCGGAGUACCUCCGUUACGGCAUCCUCAACCUCGACAAGCCCUCCAACCCCUCCUCUCACGAGGUCGUUGCCUGGAUCAAGCGCAUCCUCCGCUCCGAGAAGACCGGCCAUAGCGGUACCCUCGAUCCCAAAGUCACCGGAAAUCUUAUUGUCUGCAUCGAUCGUGCCACUCGUCUCGUCAAGUCUCAGCAGGGCGCCGGGAAAGAGUACGUCUGCGUCGCCCGACUCCACUCCGAUGUCCCCGACGUCGCCAAGGUCGCCCGCGCCCUGGAGACCCUUACCGGUGCAGUCUUCCAGAGGCCCCCUCUCAUUUCUGCUGUCAAGCGCGAGCUCCGCAUCAGGACUAUCUACGACAGUAAGCUGCUCGAGUAUGAUCCCGAGCGCCACCUCGUCGUCUUCUGGAUCUCUUGUCAGGCUGGCACCUACGUCCGUACCCUCUGCGUCCAUCUCGGGCUGAUUCUUGGCGUGGGAGGGCAUAUGCAAGAGCUGCGGCGUGUCCGUUCAGGGAUCCUCGGCGAGAAGGACAACAUGGUGACCAUGCACGAUGUGAUGGACGCCCAGUGGAUGUAUGAUAACUUCAAGGAUGAGAGCUACUUGAGGCGGGUGGUGAUGCCGUUGGAGGUGGUUCUUACUAGCUACAAGAGGCUGGUCGUCAAGGACUCUGCAGUUAAUGCUAUUUGCUAUGGCGCGAAGCUGAUGAUUCCGGGGCUUCUGAGAUUUGAGAAUGAUAUUGAAGUCGGCGAGGAAAUCGUGUUGAUGACCACAAAAGGGGAAGCGAUCGCUCUGGGAAUUGCUGAGAUGACUACUGCUGUUAUGGCAACAUGCGACCAUGGAUCGGUUGCUAAAAUUAAGAGGGUGGUGAUGGACAGGGAUACUUAUCCCAGAAAAUGGGGGUUGGGGCCGAGAGCUCUGCAGAAGAAGAAGAUGAUUGCUGAGGGGCUCCUGGAUAAGCACGGGAAGCCCAAUGAGAAGACUCCAGCUGAGUGGCAAAGGAAUGUGGUGCUGCCAGCCGGUGAGGAUUCAAUGGUCGCCAGCCUCGCCGCCGCACCGGAGCCUGAGGUGCAGAAGGAAGAAGAAAUUAUAGAAGUGAAGAAACAUAAGAAGAAACACAAAGACAAGGAUAAUGAGGGUGAUAAUGAAACGGAAGGAAGGAAACGCAAGUUGGAGGAUACUGCCGAAGAACCAGCUGCGAAGAAGCUGAAGGUUGAGGAGGUAGAAGAGGGUGUCGUUGGUGACGAAGUAAAGAAGCUGAAGAAAGUGAAAGUUGAGGAGGUUGAAGAUGCUAAAGUGGAGGCCAAUGUUGAGGAAGAACUGAAUGAGAAGAGUGUAAAAAAGAAAAAGAAGAAGGAAAAGAGCAGUAAAAAUAUAAGUGAAGUCGAUUCUUCAGAUGAAGAGAAAUCAACUGAGAAGAAGAAAAAGAAAAAGAAGAAGCACUCAGGUGGUGAAGAGGCUGAACUCGCAGCCAGCUUGACAGAGAACACUGAUGCAGAGAAAAGCCAGAAGAAGGAGAAGAAGAAGAAAAAGAACCGUGAUGCUGAGUUAAUAGAAGCCUGAGUAAGGUCGAUGGUAGUGGCAUGGAUUUUUGUUUCAAGUUUAUGAAGCUUUCCCUUUAUUCCCUGUUUUCAAGAUCUUGUACUAGUGAAGGUGACUUUGUUUAUCUUAUCUUGUUAGAUGUCUGAACCAUCUAUGUUUUGAUUUUUAGUUAUUUUCAGCUGAUUCA